AUGCCAUCUAAUCCUUCCAUCACAAUACCCACCUCGUACGAGACUCUGCCUACAACGCACAUCAAGCUCUCGCACCAUCCAGCUGGAACCGCAACCGCCACUCCCAUCGUAAUCGUUACAUUGAAUCGUCCCGAGAAGCGCAAUGCUUUUACCUCUACCAUGGCUGAAGACCUGGUAAAGGCCUUCACAUUGUUUGACCAUGACGACCGCGUCAAGACCAUUGUGCUAACCGGCGCGGGAGAUACCUUCUGCGCCGGUGCAGAUCUCGAGAUUGGAUUUGGUGGUGGAAAAGAGAAACCCAGUGAACAUCGAGACAACGGCGGGCGCGUUUCUCUCGCCAUCCAUCGAUGCCGCAAGCCCACCAUCGCCGCUAUGCAGGGGUCUGCGGUCGGCAUAGGCAUGACGAUGACUCUCCCCGCUGUUAUCAGAAUCGCCCACGACAAAAGUAAAUACGGGUUCGUCUUCGCCCGACGCGGCGUCACUAUGGAAGCUUGCUCUUCUUAUUUUCUCCCCCGUUUGAUCGGGUAUUCCCGAGCCAUGUACCUGGUCUCCACGGGUGGAGUGUUUCCCUCUACGUCCCCCCAUUUCAACGGUCUGUUCGCCGAAUCUCUACCAGAACAGUCACAGGUCCUGCCACGAGCUCUGGGGUUGGCAGUGGAAAUGGCAGAGAAUGUCAGCCCCAUGGCCUCUACUCUGAACCGCGCGCUGAUGUGGCGCGGGCCAAACUCGGCCGAAGAAUCGCAUCUGUUGGAUUCUAGCAUCAUAUCUCAUAUGUUGGAUUCUAGCAUCAUAUCUCAUAUGUUUGGUUCAAUUGAUGAAAAAGAAGGCGUGGCGGCGUUUUUCGAAAAGCGCAAGCCAAAUUUCAAAGCUACACUCGAAGAGAACGGACCCGCGAACUACCCUUGGUGGCAUGAAGUGAACAUAGAUAAGAAACCAAAGGCUACCAAGGAGCCAUCUAAGCUGUAG